GUGAACGGCAUGGCGUCGUUUGCGAAAAUGUUGCAUGUGAUGGUGGAACAAAUUCGUUGAUUUUGCAACAGACAGCUACUUUCAUACUUUUUUUACGCGAAAAGGGUGCAGUCGUUAUUCCUGAAAGACUCCUCGGAGUGUUUCGGGGUAGCUUUAUUAUACCGAUAAGCUUAUUAUUGUCAUAUAGACUUCAACCACUUGCAGUGUUUUGAUUUUAAAACACUCUCGCAUUCAAAACAAUGUCUUCGACUGCGUCUGCCUCUGUAUCUGCGUCAGAAUCGCAAACAGAGUUCAACUCUGUUCUUGAUGAAUGGAACAGAGAUCACAACAGCAACACGGGUCAACUGCCAAGACUGAAAAGAUUGGCAGAGUUGGUCGAGAAGGAAACUGAAGCUUACUUCAAGAUGGAUCCAGAUCCUUUUGAUGACCGCCAUCCAGGAAAAACAAAUCCAACAUGUGCUCUAGGUCACCUUAUGAAGACUUUGUUUAAGAAUGAAGACUUCAUGAAUGAGUUGGGGCUCGAUCUGAUGAAUCCGAGUGAGAACAACCAGGAUCUUCACACAGCAGCCUGUCGGCUGUUGCUGGACGUGAUGCCAGGCAUGGAGGCGUCGGUCGUCUUCCAGGACACGGAGGGCCUAGUGGACAGACUGUUUGGCUGGGCUGAGAAUGGCCCAGAGCCACUCCGGUCCUAUGCUACAGGACUGUUGGCUGGAGCCAUGGAGAUUCAAGAUGUGGCUUCUGCAAAUAAGGAGAAGAACUAUGCUAUGGUUCCUCUCAUGCUGAAGAGGCUUCAUGAACUGAGGAAGAAACAGUUUGAGGAGGAGAUCGAGAAUGCACAUCCAUCAGUAGGUGAUCGGCCAUUCUCUAUGUUCGGUGAGGUGUCACCAACAAAAAGUGCUCCGUCAAAUGAAAGCAUCAGCCACUCCGAUUCUGCAGCGGAUAAAUCGUCUGAGGAAGUGGAGAAGGAGAAACGGGAUGAACGAAGGCGGAAGAUGAAGCGAGCUCUCUCUCCGAGUUACUACAGUGAAGACCUCUACAGGCUCACGUCUACACUAAAGAGAGCCCGGUAUCAGCCAUUUGGAAAUCCAGAACUGGAGUGCAGCAACAGCAGCUGGGCAGAGCUGGAGCCGUACGUUAUAGGCUCGUAUUCCAUGUCUCCUCUCACAGCUGGGAUGAAGCAGAGGAUGAUCCUGCAGUAUCUCAUACCCAUGGGGGAGUAUCAGGAGCUUCUGGGAGCAGCAUUUGAGCAUAAUGCCCUGAACCUCAUCCUAUACUACAUCAAUCUGAAGGAGAAUAAGGAUGUGAGACUAGCCUUCGAAGCUCUCAAGUACCUCGCCACACUGCUUUGUCACAAAAAGUUUGCUAUCGAGUUCCUCUCCGUGGGCGGUGUUGGGAAGCUGCUGGAGGUGUACCGUCCGUCCAUUGCUGCUACAGGGGUGUCACUCUGUCUGUACUACCUGUCUUACUUCGAGGAUGCAAUGGAAAGGGUUUGUUUGUUACCCGAACAUGUCCUGUCAGAUCUUGUUGGGUAUGUCAUGUGGCUUAUGGAAUGUUCCCAUGACUCAAGUCGAUGCCAUGCUGCCAUGUUCUUCACUCAAGCCUUCCCGUUCCGAGUCAUCAUGGAUCUAUUUGACCAGAAGGAUGGACUGCGCAGACUCUUCAAUGUGAUCAGCACGCUUGAGAUCCUCAAUGUGGAGGACGAGGUGGACAUCAUGAAUGAGGGUCACAUUUUCACGAUGAGACAAACAGCGAGACACGUUUGUUCUGCUCUCAAGAAAUACUUCGAAGCACACCUGGUGGUGAAGGCUGAUGAGAUCCGUCGAUCUCACCUCAGGAACGAUGGCAGCAGCUCGUUACAAGAGACACCUGCUUAUAAGCCACUUAAGUUGACCCCGGAAGUUAUCCAAGACAACAUGGAGUUGUUGAUGGAGUUGCUUCCCCUGCGCACACACUGGGUGCCUGAAGCCACAUUCCACAGACUGGGGGGUAUACAGCUCCUUAUACAACUGGUUGCCAUGGCACCUGAUUGGAACAACUCUCCUGGAAAACCUGAAACAAUCAAGAGUGCCCUAGACGUGAUCUCCCUGUGUAUGGUGACCCCCAAGUCUCAGCUGCUGCUCCUAGACUCCAUCUCCCUCCCAGACAACAUGUCCACCCCAGCCAUCAGUGUGAUAAUAGGUCUAGCAGAGGGUGAGAUUCUGGCAGAUCCAGAAGUUCAGAAAUCGGCACUAGGAGUGCUGGUCAACUGUGUGUGUGGACCAAUAGAGAGGCUUGGUGGAGGUGUUGGGAGGUUCAUGGGGGCCGGUUCGAAGAAGAAGGUCAACUGGAAGAUUGGCGAGGACACCAUGAGUCGGAUGUGGAAUGGUGUGCGCACCAACAAUGGUAUAAUGGUACUGCUGAAGCUGCUGACGAUCAAGACACCCAUCACAGAUGCAGAUGCUAUCCGAGCCUUGGCCUGCAAGGCUCUUGUUGGGCUGUCCAGGUCUGAAACGGUUCGUCAGAUCAUCAGCAAACUUCCUCUGUUCCAAAAUGGAACUCUCCAAUCUCUGAUGAAGGAGCCAGUUCUUCAGGACAAGAGACAGGAACAUAUCAAGUUCUGUCGGUAUUCCAGUGAUCUUUUGGAACGUGUGUCUGGCAAGCGUUCCAACACACUUGAUGCUUCUCUGGAGGACAUCAGAAAGGCAGACAUUGUAGCACAGACCAAGAUUAUCUUCCAAGAGCGAGAGCUGCUGCAUUUAAUACAUGAUCAUCUCUUGGCCAAAGGGUUCUGUGAUGCCGCUUCUAGCCUCCAAAAACAAGCGUGCCUGCCGCACUGUUCCACCCCUCCACUGGUGAUUCCCACCAGCACACACAUCUUCUCUUCACCAUCCACACCCAGACUUUCACAGUCUGACAUCCAUACUGAGAGACAGUCCCCUGCAGCCCCCACCUCGACCACCUCCAGUCCCGGACCCAUCCGCUUCUCGCUGACACGGCAACCAUCCACUCCAUCUACAUCAACAGCAUCAGCAUCUACGCACAGGGUUGCAAAGGCCAGUAAGUUCCUUCGAGAAAAGGACAGCCAGACACUUAGUUCAGUUCGGUUAAAAACCUCCGGCAAGACUGGUGGAGAGUAUGACAUCUCUCUCAACAAGAUUGUCACCGAAUACCUCAGGAAACAGCAUGCUCUGUGUCGGAACCCAGUGGUCACAUGUCCACCCAUGUCAUUGUUCAAACCUCAUCGAUGCCCAGAACCGAAGGGUCGUACCAGUGCACCGCCAUGUAUUACAUCCAGACUCAGGAAGAGAGAAAUUUGUCCAAGAUUCGGUGGCAUGGAUGGAGCCCGGUGCAAUAGAAAGUAUAUCUACAGCAGGUUCCGGCCAGUGAGGACGUACCGAGAUGGGGACGAAGAUGGAUUUGCUUGUUGUGCCUUUAGUUCGGAUGAAAAGUACUUGUUACUCGGGACAUUCUCUGGUGAUGUGAAACUAUCAAGCAAGUUAACUGGAGAGCAAGUAGACACCCUCACCUGCCACACAUCCCCUAUCAUCCAUCUUGAACCUUCCAGGGAUGGGAAGCUCCUGUUGACCUCAACAUGGGGAACGAUGCAAGACUCAUCUCUGUGGGGCUUUGGGGAAUCAUUGGAGAACAAAUUCACAUUUGAUGAUCACUAUGCAGAGUUCAGUAAAGUUUUACAAGACAGAAUUAUCGGCACAAAGGAUGAAACAGCACAUAUAUAUGACACACUAACAGGCCAGAACAUCGUCACCUUGUUUGAUGCGGAUAAAGCUAACAACUACAAGGCCAAUGCAGCUACGUAGCCCACAGACGACCUUGUCCUCAACGAUGGUGUGCUGUGGGAUGUCCGAACUAGUCGAGCCAUUCACAAGUUUGACAAGUUCAACUCAUACAUCAGCGGUGUCUUCCAUCCCAUGGGCCUGGAGAUCAUCAUCAACUCUGAAGUUUGGGACAUCCGAACCUUCCAUCUAUUAAACACAGUUCCAGCUCUAGACCAGUGCCAGAUCAAGUUCAACCACUCCGGAGAUGUCAUAUAUGCAACAAGGGUAGAUGAGGACCCAGAUAAUCCAGAAGACCGCUACCGGAGUCCAUAUGGGUCCACACUGCGCACUUUUGAUGCCACGGACUACAGCAGUAUCGGCACCAUGGACUUGAAAACAAAGAGCAUCUUUGACCUCUGCACAGACAAAUCAGACUGCUAUUUAGCUGUUGUUGAGAAUCAGCAGUUUUCGGAGGUUGGAGGCGAGGAGAGUGUGUGUCGACUGUACGAGAUGGGCAAACUGCGAGAUGAAGAGGAUGAUCAGCAGGAAGAAGAGGAGGAAGACGAAGAAGAGGAGGAGGAUGGAGGUGAUGACGAUGAUGAUGAUGAUGACGAUGAUGAUGAAGACCUUAAUAUUGACCUUGGUGAUCUUGCAUCAGAUCUGGAUCUGGAUGACCUUAUUGACGAUGAGGAAGAAAAUGAAGAAGCAGAAGAAGCGGAACCAGAAGAGUACAGCCUUCCCAGUGAUGAUGACGAUGAUGAUGACAAUGAUGGUGAUGUUGACAUUGAUGACGAUGCACUGUUUGAGCUGGUGUAAUCAACUGAGCCCAAGCUACUAAAGAUGCUAGUCCGUGUUUGUAAUGACUCGUAUCAUACCCAGAUGGAUAUACAUUACCAGGGAUGGUGAUUACUUCCGGGUACCCAUGUCACUGCUAGAUAAGUUGUGCUAAUAAUGGAUGACAGGGCAUCAGUUAAUGGAUUCAUGACUGUGUUGUGGUGCAACUAUCAGAAGCACACUGCCAUACAUGUGUCAGUAUACCUCAGUAUGUCAUAUUUCUAUAUAAGAAAAAUAAAAAUGGUUUUAAUAUUUUUAAUGCGAUAGUUAAUACCUAACUGCUAUGUACCCCUUGCAUUACAUGGACAUGUAGAUGUGAUGUAUGUCUGGCAUUUACCUUGACUUCCUAUGCAAUCAUACAGGACACUAGCUAGAGAAAGUAGAAUCAAAACACUUAAGAUGCAAUAUUUGAACUUACAGCAGUAAAUCUAGGGCCCCUUUGUAUCAAUCCCAACUCAGGUGUUUUUGUCCCUUGGUUCAGAUACUGUAGCAGGAAACCUCAAAGUCACCUCUUUAAUAUUGAACGUGUAAAACAUAUCAUAAUGCCAUUACCUGUCUGCUGUAAACCAAACAAAAGGAGAAUUCAGUACAAACUUCAGUACCCAAGUAGAACAUGCUUUCAUGCCAAAACAAUUAGCCAUUUUUCAAAGCCUUUGUUUGAGGACCAGAUGUUUUGGUAUCACUUGAGAGUUUAUUAAGGAGGCAUCCCUACAUGGCUAGUCAAGGAUAAUUAUCUGUUUCCUGGGAAGAUUUGUGAACUUCAGUGCAAAGUAGAUUAUUUAUUGGCAGAUGUUUUGGGCUGUCUUCUGAGACAAUGGUACAGUAUAGUUAAUUGCAUGGAACAAUCAUAUAUGGAAAUAUAUAGAGGAUGAAAUCAAGGCUGGUUGUUUUUCUUUCAACCUCACAUCAAACAUACUCAAAGUUACAGAGUUACACCCAUUUAAAACUUGUUUUUCAGCCUUUUGAACUGCUUUUCAGCUAUGUGGAAAGAUGUUUUUUAUCCAUAUUACAAUGAUGUACUUUAGCUAGAAAAUGAAAGCUUGAUCACUGCAGUGAAAACCAGGCAAAACUUUCAUCAUCAACUUUUGUGAAGUUCAUGAUAACAAGGGAGGUAACUGUGACUAAUGAUUCUAUGUUUAUGUGACAGACACAGUUGAAGAAUCUGACCUCUAUGCUCAGAUAUCGUUAUCUUACUGUGGUUGAGACAGUUUGUACAUUUUCUCGGGAUCCAAUUCACUGCCAUACAUUCGAAACUGGCAUGCUGUUUAAGUUCCAGUAACUAUGAUUUUGAAUUGUGAAAGUGCAAUCAAGACAGCAUAACAUUGGUCAGGUGGAGGCAGAAUGCUUGCCUUCAUGAACCACUUCCUAUUGGCCUUAGCUGGGCACAGAUAUCUCAUUGUUCAUGGGUAGUUUUACUUUGACCCUUGUUGAGUUGAGCUACUAAAGCCAUAAUGACUUUGUAGUGGUACAAUGUUAUAUGUGAUAAUGUUCGUGUUUCAAGUUUUGUCCCCUGUAUAUACAUGUUACCUUUCUUUGUUUUAUAUAUGGUUUGUCUCAUUUUAUCAUUGUAUAAUCAAAAAUAUAGUUUAUGGUACUGACAUCACUGACAUGAUGAAUGUAAGACACUGGGAUCUACAGUUGAGGAUGCUUUAAGUUGUCAAACCUUUGGAAAAUGUGUAAUUUUACUCAAGCAUAUUAAUGUUACAUUUUUUUAUCAAAAAAUGUUUUCAGUUUAAAAAAUUCUGAAUUUUACAUGUUAGUUUUUUAUGUUGUUUAAUUUUUUUUUAUCAAGUCUUUAAGCAUCAAAUUCACUUCAAUGUGUUUCUAAAGUUCCUUUGUUCCAAAAUGUUUGAUACUUAUUUGAAUAUGUUGUGUAAAAUUGUCUAUCAAGCAGUUUGAUACUUCCAAGUGACAAGCAGUUUGAUACCUCAAAACAUAUUCCAUGCUUAGUUCACAUGAUCAGUUUGUGUUGAAAAUUUGUACAUAGGGUCUUUACGUAACUUGAAUGUACAUAGUUGUUUUAUUUAUGAGAGAAUUUGCAUUAAACCAUUUGGUUCAUUUGGACUUUUAACUUUUAAAUGCAUAAGUACUCAUCAACCUAGGUGACCCCAGUUCAGUGUCUAGUUGAUAAGGGUUUCACAUGAACUUGUUCCAGGUACAGUUAACUCUUGAUUUGACAACUCACAAGUCUAUUCCGGGAGGUUGGGUGGAGUGGUUCCAAUUUGUCUGAAGACUUGGGUUUUAUUCCAUAUUGAGUAAAUCCAGUGUAGCUGUCCCUUGUUUAGUUUCAGCUUUAAUAGUGCUAAAAAACCUUGUCAAGUCAAGAGCUGGCUCUAGCUAGGACUUCAUGGUGAAGAUAUACGCCAUGAGUAAGAAGAAGAUAUUUUUGUUUUAAAUAGAACUCUCCAAUAUUCUGCAAACAUUCAAUGAUAUGUAACUGUGGAUCUCUACAAAUCAUGAUUGCAUAAUAUGGUAACCUGGACCACCUUUGUGACAUGCCAUGUCACUUUACAACAUCGCUACCGAUUGACUCCAUGAUAAGCCAACAUUUACUUAAAACAUUAUCAUUUCCAAGAAUCAAGGUAAGACAAAUAGAUAUGUUCGAAUUUCUUGUUCCCUUAGUUAAGUUGUUUUCAGGUAUCUUUAUGAAACAAGACACAUACAAGAGCCAUAAUUGUAUCAGGAAUUAUCUGUUUGUUUUGCCAAGAAAACGAGAUGUAGUCUAUAAAAACAGUACUGGUAUUUAAUUUAUAGUGGCUUUGUGGUCUCAAUUAAUAGUAGUUUUGUAGUUUGGAAGUCUUGAGAGUGGUAAUGGUGGAGUUGCAAUGUUUUCAGAGGAAUUUGUCUAGUCCUUUCAUUUACAUAGUCUGUCAGUUCCAUCUGUUGUAUAAGGUACUUAUAAUAUGGAACCUAUGAAGACAGGCAUGGUCAACUGCUGUGUGACUGAUGGUUGUUCUGGGUCAACGUGGCGUUGAGAAACUGUUACAUGCUUGACUGACAGAUUUCAACUUCUCUAUUCUUUCCAUGCAAUGGUUUCGGUACACAUGAUUAUCUCUUCAUCAAACAAGUGAUCAACAAGGUGGAACAGGUCCAGUUCUUGAUCACUUGUUCUGAAAGUGGCUGGGUACAUCUCUUGCUGAAUAUAUUAGCAGGGUACAUCACUUGCUGAAUAUAUUAGCAGGGUACAUCUCUUGCUGAAUAUAUUAGCAGGGUACAUCUCUUGCUGAAUAUAUUAGCUGGGUACAUCACUUGCUGGAUAUAUUAGCUGGGUACAUCACUUGCUGGAUAUAUUAGCUGAGUACAUCACUUGCUGGAUAUAUUUGCUGAGUACAUCACUUGCUGGAUAAACAUAUUAGCUGGGUAUGAGACUUCCUGGAUAAAGGAAUUAUCUGGGCAUGAGAUUUGCCUGAUACAGAUAUCAGCUCUAUACAAGACUUGCUUUAUAAUGGGAUUAUCUAUAUAGGAGACGUACUUGAUAAUAAUAUUAACUGGGUACAAGCUUUGCUUGAAAUAGAUAUUAACCGGGUACAAGAUUUGCUUGAUAAAAUUCUUAGCUUGGUACGAGAUUUGCUUGAUAAAAUAUUAGCUGGGCACAAGCUUUGCUUAAUAAACAUAUUCAUUGUGUGUGACACUUGCUUGAUACUGGUACUGGUUACACCUUAAGCUACUAACACCUGUACCAAAACAUUGCUUUGAAGAAUAAAGACAGUGAAAUCUAUGGGUUCAGCUGUCUUCAACAGUCUAGGUUCUGUUGUAUUCCUUGUAUGUUGUAGAUCAGUGUGCAGUUUCAUGUUACAUACAUAUUGUAUACCUGGGACGUAAGGAAAAACAUCUGUUAUUUAUCAAAUAGAUUAUAUUUUUACAUCCACAAACACAUGUUAUCAAUUGAAACUGAAUAUAUGAAGGUGUUACUCCUUGUCGGAUGUGUGGACUCUCUAGACAGUGAUUGACAGGAUGUGGGGUGUAUUUCCACACAGAUGUAUAAACAAUGAAUAAAAGGAAUACUUGGUGCUAUUAGA